AUGCCUUUAUCUCAAGCCCUGCAACAUCUAUUGAAGGCCAAUCUGAUCACCGUAAGAGAUCCUCCGAAGAAUGUCACUACUACGUAUCUAAACUAUGAUCCUAAUGCAAAAUGUGUGUACCACUCCAACUGUCCUGGACACCAUGCUGAUAACUGGUGGGCAUUGAAAAACAAGAUUCAAGACAUGAUAGAUGCUAGUGAAAUUGAGUUUGACCCGUCGAAAACUCCGAAUGUCAUUACUGCUCCCAUGCCAAAACAUGACAAGACUGUUAACGCCAUCAUAGACACAGUCCAUGUUUAUGAUGUGAGAGAUCUGUUUGAAAAGAUUCCUUCUAUAGAGAAUUUGUGCAAAGGCUUCUCCCGUGGCUUGAAGAUUGAAGACGUGUCGGUAAUUUCCAAGGCUCCGUUGAAGAUCCCUACUAAGGCCCCUUUCAAGAUUUCUACUGAACCCCGUGUGGCUCCUAUUAUCAUUACUAGGCCUAGUCCAAUUUCAUAUUCUUCUGAUAAGGCUAUCCCUUGGAACUAUGGUGCCGAGGUCUAUAUUCAAGGAGUUAAGCAAGAACUCAUAGCUGACAAAGUUUCCGAAGACGCCAAUCUUGAUGUGGAGAUCUCUCCAAACACUGCUUCACCUACUGCUACAAUUAUUCCUAAUCAAAAUGCUGAUACUCGAGGUAAAGGUCCAUUGCAUGAACCUGUCCAGACACCAGUUGAGACCGUUACUGAAAAUCCAUCUUCUGAAGAAGCAAAUGAGUUCCUGAAGAUCAUUCGCAAGAGCGAUUACGACAUUAUUGAACAGAUGGGGCAUACUCCUUCCAAGAUCUCUAUGCUUUCACUCCUAAGUUGUUCCAAGACUCACGCCAAAGCUAUGAUGAAGUUCCUAGAGGCUGCUCACGUGCCACAAGAGAUUUCUGUCACUCAACUCGAGAAUUGUAUUGCAAUCCUGACAACAGAUAACUACCUCAGGUUUUCUGAUGCUGAUCUAAGUCCUAGUGGAAAGAAUCAUAACAAAGCGCUACAUAUAUCCAUUGAAUGUGGGGGCACUACUCUGGCUCACGUAUUAGUUGAGAAUGGUUCAUCUCUGAAUGUACUACCCAAGUUGGUGUUGGACAAACUCAACCCAGAAGGAAUCGUGCUGAAAUCCAGUGAUGUGAUAGUGAAAGCUUUCGAUGGUUCAAUGAGUACUGUAUAUGGCGAAGUUGAGCUCCCAAUCAGGGUAGGAUCUCAUACUUUCAACAUUGUGUUCUAUGUAAUGGACAUUCAUCCUGCCUAUUCCUGUCUACUUGGACGUCCUUGGAUACAUGGGGCAAAUGUGUGA